GUGUGUUUUCCUCGACGUGCUCUGUUUGCAACUCCCUCGAGUUGCCUCCGACGACAGAGUUAGGUCUCGGUCAAUACGAAAUUCCAGCCAUCGCCAAUCCUCACUUCCUUGUCGAAACAGUUGCGAUUGUAGUGAGGUAGAGCGUAGAAUCGCCAGUGGAGGGAAUGUCGGUGCAGGAGAUGGAGUUGAGCGACCCGGUGGAGGUCAAAGUCGAAGGCAAUGCGACGGAGUUGUUGCCUCCCGUGGCCCUUGAAGUCGUGCGCCUCGCCGAAGCCAGGGCGAAGCUGAAGGAUUUAAACCCGCGCCCGGAUCCAGUCCAAGUCGAGGAAGCGCGCAAAGCGAUUCUCCUAAUUGAGAAUUCGUUGAAGGAUCAGUCGGAGUCGGUGUUUGCCGUCCAAUGCCCCCCCGGUGAAGACCUCCAGCGCUGGAGAUCCGUUCAGUCUGAUAAGAUGAAGGCCUUGGAGGAGUCUGCGGCGAAGGGGAGAGGUCCUUAUGCAGCUCUGCUUGAAUUGGAGGAACUCCAUUUGCUGUAUGAGGAGGAAGCGAAGCAUGCCGAACUGGCUCUUGAGGGCAUCGAGAAGCCAUCUGAGAGGACGGUGGAAACUGAAAACGAGGUUGAUGAGUACGUCUCAUCGAAACUUCAAGAAGCACUCGAAAGACGACUUGAUACUCUCGUCCUCAGCAGUCAAUUACUGUCGCACGUACCCGAAUCUUUUGGCAGAAUUACGUCGCUAAUCGUUUUGAAUUUGUCCAACAAUCGCUUAGAGUUCUUGCCGGACUCUAUUGCUGGCCUUGUGAAUUUGGAAGUGCUUGACCUUCAACACAACCAGUUGAAGCUACUACCAGAUUCGAUAGGUCUACUCUCAAAGCUCAAUUCACUUGACGUGUCAGGGAAUCAAUUGAGGGUUUUGCCUGCCAGUCUUGGCCGAUGCAGCGCUCUUGUGGAGCUCAUAGCGAACUUCAACGAGCUAGAAAUGUGGCCAUCCGAUUUUGGUUUCCAGUUGUCUAACCUUCAGAUACUCCGCUUGCAUCUGAACAAAUUGACUUGCCUGCCACCAUCAGUUGGGGAGCUUCGUGCUCUGCGUGUCCUUGAUGUUCAUUUCAACAAGCUCAGAGGAUUACCGUCUACAAUUGGCAACCUUACCAACCUCUCAAUACUUGAUGUCAGCAGUAACUUCAAGGAUUUUGCCGCUUUACCAGACUCUGUAGGUGAUCUGGUUUCUCUUACAGAGCUGGAUCUUAGUUUCAACCAACUUCAUGAACUGCCAAUCUCUAUUGGUCGACUCACAAACUUGAAGAAGCUGAAGCUUGACGAAAACCCUCUGGUGGUCCCUCCAAUGGAAAUUGUGGAGCAGGGCCACGAAGUAGUUAUGAAAUAUAUGGCAGAGCUUUGGACCGAGAGCUUGAAGUCUGAAGAGGAGAAGAACCUCACCAAGAGUACAAGCUUUGGUCGUGCAUUUCAGGCAAAUACUGGCGGGGAGGGGUGGUUGCCAGCAUGGGCAGGGGGUUCAUUGGUGAACAAUUGGCUGGGGGGCUUCCUUGGGACCAAGCCAGCGUCGCACUUGAAAGACCAAAAUACUGACGACAGCUACCUCGAGCAACAGCUUUAAUCCGAUCUGCUCUUCCGUGCUCAAGAUGCCAAUGAAAAACUCUUCAGAGUGGCUUCGUUUCCUGCUUGUGACUGAGGUUCUGCACAUCUGAGAGAAAUGGUAUCGUGGAGUAUUCGUCUAUCUAUCAUCUUUCUCUUGAUAUGUCUUUGUAGAGACCAGUUUUAGUAUGUUAGAAUGAAACUCGCGACGCUGGUUUUUCGUAGUAUAAUCUAAUUUCGAAUGUCGAUAACUGGGGAGGUACCAAUUGUACAUUUCAACCCAUCUUUCAUGACAUGUAUAUAAGGAUAUGAUCUUAAAGUCUUUUGACAGCA